CCGCUGCAGCCUGAGGAGAGCCAGACACACUCUCAGGCCUCCGAAUAUAGAAAAAUUAUAGAAAAAAAUAGGAAAAAAAUAAUAAAACAACAGAUCGAGGGGAGAAAAGAGCCGGGAGCGGUGGCGUGGGCUGUCCCACGGUGGGUUUCUGGUCCGGUCCGGGAUGGAAGGUUACCGGGGCUCCAUGUGAAAUUGACUAAUGCGGUGCUGGAAACUUUUUUGGACAGUAACAAUGCAGAGCAGUAUUUCUCACUCACCGCCAACCAUAGCUGUUGGGACUGGGUGAGGAGGAGAAAGAGUGAAGGAGAAGAGCAGCAAGAGAGAGUGAGAAAAGGAAAGUGCAAAAGGAGGACAAGGAGGAUUUUAACAAACAGAUUUUCAAUGUUUAUGCUGGACAGUUGGCCCCACCUAUAAGCUGUCAGUCACCCUCUUUUUCAACAAAACCCCUUCAACUUCCCACAUUGAGCCUGCAAGGCAGGGGAGACAACAGUGAAUUUUCAUGGCAGCGGCACACUAAGGCUGCCAUGGCAGCUGCUGCCGCCGAUGCCUCACACCGUAUUACCACACUGACGCCGGAGGAAGAGGGACGACGGACUGCCGCCAAGCUGUUUGGGAGCGCAGCCCCGCUGCCACGGACAGAAAGAGAGAGAGAGCGAGAGAGGGGGAAAGAGAGGGAGAGGGAAGAAGAAGAGGUAGGGAGAGGAAGUGGGAACGAGUGUUUGGUGUGCGGUACCCUGUUCGCCUCACAGGAAAAGCUCCGGCUUCACGCCUUAAGUCACACAGGAGAGAAACCCUUCCACUGCUCACAGCCACACUGUCCCAAGGCCUUCAGCUCCAAAUACAAACUCUUCAGGCAUAUGGCCACACACUCUCCACAGAAGACCCAUCAGUGCACGUUCUGUGAGAAGAUGUUCCACCGUAAAGACCACCUUAAGAACCACCUGCAGACCCAUGACCCCAACAAGGAGGCCUUCAAGUGUGAGGAGUGUGGGAAGCACUACAACACCAAGCUGGGAUAUAAGCGCCAUGUGGCCAUGCACUCUGCCACAGCAGGGGAUCUCACUUGUAAAGUGUGCAUGCAGAGCUACGAGAGCACACCUGUGCUGCUGGAGCACCUCAAGAGCCACUCGGGGAAAUCCUCAGGUGGUGCCAAGGAGAAAAAACACCCAUGUGACCACUGUGACCGCCGCUUCUACACAAGGAAGGAUGUGAGGCGGCACAUGGUAGUCCACACGGGCAGGAAGGACUUUCUGUGCCAGUACUGUGCCCAGCGCUUCGGCAGGAAGGACCACCUGACACGCCACGUAAAGAAGAGCCACUCACAGGAGCUGCUGAAGAUCAAAACAGAGCCUCCAGAUAUGUUAGGUCUAUUAGCAUCUGGGUCACCUCCUUGCUCUGUGAAGGAGGAGCUUAGUCCCAUGAUGUGUGGCAUGGGUCCCAACAAAGACCCUAUAAUGGGAAAACCGUUCCCCAGUGGAGCCCCUUUUCCUAUGGGCAUGUACAACCCCCACCAUAUCCAGGCCAUGUCUAAUUCUGGUGUGGGUCACCCACACCCUUCCCUAAUGCCCAGUUCCUUGUCUGCAGCUAUGGGCAUGGGUUGUCAUGUGGAUUCCCCCGGAUCACUUCACCCACACUCCCAUCACCACCACCAUCAUCACCACCAUCACCACCACCACCAUUCCCCUCCGAUGCCCCCACAUCACCAGCCUCCAACUCCCCAGCAGCAGCACCAGCCCCAGCCAGCCCCCAAAUACCAGCUGGGAUCUACCUCAUACCUGCUGGACAAGCCCUUGAAAGUGGAGAUGGAGAGCUUCCUCAUGGAUCUGCAGAGUGGCUUGCCAGGCCCGGUUCCCUCUGCAGAGCCCCACGCUGCUGCCUCGCCCCCCAAGGACGGACUGGAGCCCACUUCGGGCCUGGCGGAUGAGCUUUGUGGGGAUCCCCUCCUGUCCAAGAGCCCUGCGGUGAUCGCUGAGUCUCUGUGCGCUGCUAACAUGGACUUCUCCCACCUGCUGGGGUUCUUACCCCUCAACCUGCCUCCCUACAGCACCCCCAUGAGCACAGGAGGGCUGGUGAUGGGCUACACCUCAUCUGCAACUUCCUCCUCCUCUUCUUCCUCCUCCUCUUCCUCAUCUCUGCAUGCUGCCGAGCCCCAUGCUGCAGCAGUCGCCGCGGCAGCAGCUGCCGUCGCCACGGCACCUCUUACCUCUUUGCAACCUCAACCUCAGGAGCAGCAGAGCUCCAGCGGGGGUCUAGGCCUCGGACCCUUGCACCCCCUCCCACCAGUGUUUAGCUCCAGCCUUAGUACCACCACACUGCCUCGCUUCCACCAGGCCUUCCAGUGAGAGUACCAGCCCUCGGCCCAGCCCUGCCCAGCCAAGAUGACCUCCACGGCAGCCUCAGCUCUGCAUGGGGGUUUUGGGCUGAGGUUAUUCAGGGCUCGGUCAAACAGUUGGAGAAUUAUAAUAAAAUAAAUACACAAACGAACACUUAGAAGCCUUAAAUAAAAGCGCACAAAAGCUUUUGUUGAGCCUUAGAGGAAGUUAAACUCCUUUGAGCAAGAAAAGAAAAAAAAAGGAAAAGGUGAGAAAAGAAGUUAAAGAAGCUUUUAUUUGGGCUUUUUUCUAUCCUAUAGUUAUAAUGAUGUAUUAACCUUUUUAUUUCCAUUUACUUCCUCUUUUAUGCCCCCUCCAUCCCUUAUAUAGUAGUAUAGAGGGCAGGAUCAGUAGGCCAAAAGGCGUGGUACUGCAUACUUUCUAAAGUAAUAAUGUUAAAAAAAAAAUCAAAGAUAAUUUUUAGUGAAGAUUAUCUGUUUUGUUGUGACCCAGAAAAAAUAUAGUUUGAAGUGGAUAUUUUGUUUUACUUUAUUUUUCUUUUCCAAAUGUAAGAACAUGCUAGAAUGUGUCUCAUCUUAAGUUUUGAACUACCCACUCUAAUAACCUAAACUUUCAUGACUAGUAGGGUGAGGAGAGAGUUCAUUGAAGGACUGAAGAGAUGCAGGCAAUUAUUGAAUCUUAAUUAAAAAAAAUAAAUAAAAAAAGAAGAUGAAUCCUCCUCUAGAUGGCUAGGCUAGAGCCACAAAAGCGACCCCUGCCUCUAAAAAGUGCUCUUCAAACAAACAAUUUUUUUUUUUUUUAAAUGUCCCUUUUGUGUACUUUAACUGAUGCAGCGGCUCCUAGAGUCAAAUCAGUUUCAAUGAAAGUAGUUUACUAUAUUAAAAAAAAGACAUGUCUGUGUCUGUAUCAGGAUUGACAAGAGUCGCCCACAAAAAAAGAAAUAUGAAAGUGUGUGAUCUGAUUUAAAAUGUAAUAUCAUGCUGGCUUUUUACUUUUCCUCAAGAGAAGCACUUUUUUUUUAGCAGAAGGCACUUCACCUUUAGGAAUCUCCCAAGGAAAACCUUUUGUCUCCUUCCUCAUGACUUCUAGAGGUUUUGGCUACAGGCCGUGAACAGGCCGAUCGCCUGAGAUAGAGACUUUCUCCUCACUGGGAGACCCUCCAAAGACCCAGCUCUGACUGGACCCCUUUGUGAGGACUCUCCUUUCUUCAGCUGUCUUCCUUAUCUUUCAAAGCUCCCAUGAUAAUGCUAUAUUGCAGCUUUUUCUCUGCUGCCCAAAUAUAUGUAAAGUAUAGUUUUGGAAUAAAAUACAUCCUUAGGCAGUCUUUUAAAAAAGAUGCAUCAUCGUGGUCAUGAUGAACCCUGACAUAUGUGAAUGGCAAGAACAAAAGAAUUACAUUGACAGAUGAGGAAAAUGUGUUAAAGAAUGUUAUUGCAGUGUACGAAAUAUCUCAAAAAUGAAUAUUAUAAUUGCUUUUAUCUCAGUAAAGUGUAUUUUAGGUAGACGUAAUAAAACUAAGUGAUGAUGUUUUUGAUGUAUGGCAGGUUUACAUUUGUGUGUAUCUUGCAUUUUUGAUCAAACAAUGGAUGAAGUAUUAGCUUUCCCUUAAGCUUUCUCUGUCAUAUCCAAUCUUUACCUUUACGUUAGUAUAGCAGAAUCCAAACUGUGGAUGGAAAAGUAUCUAUAGAGGGCUGUUAGUGGCUUAAUAAUCAAUUAGGAUUUGAGCUAGAUGAGUUUAGAUUGUGUCAUAUGAAUGCUGACAAGAACGGCCUAUGAUUCUAUAGGUUUUAUCCUUGAUCCAGUUGAGUAUUUACACCGCUGCUGCUGUGCUGAAAUCCUAGCUGAUUUCACUCUGAGCUCAGUGGUUUGGGAUUUUAAAUCCUUUAUAACCAUUCACCACCAGCCUAUAAAAAAAAAAAAGAAAAAACUUGAGCCCAAAGUUAACCUAAACCUCAAGAUAAAAUAGGUGCUCUUAUCUGUGUCAUUUAAAUCAACUAAUAUCCUGACGACUGUGGUGCGUUCAGGAACCUCACCUUUAUCAGUUGUUGUGCCGCAGGUGAGCCCCACCCUCAAUAAUAAAAGAAAAAAAUACAAUAACUCAAAAAGAAAAAAAAAACUUAGCACAUAAAAACAAAAUAAAAAUGAAAAAUUAAUUACAUGUUGCUGCUUUUAGCUACGGUUGCUGAUGGAUACCAACUGUAGACCACUAGAACAUUUCAAUUUCAUUUUUUUCCCCAGGAUGGACAGUUAGCUGAAAACAUGCACAAACCGAACCGACAGUGUUCAUCAGGCCCCCCCACGUCCCGGCCCCUUCCCCUCUGUACUCCUCAUCCUCCUCAUCCUCUCUCAGCUGCUUCUUUAGAGUCAAAGGAAAAGGGUCUGAAAAUAAUGCGACAUCCAGAAGAACGCAGUCACCUUCCUGCGCUUUGACAUUCAAAGCCCGGGGGACACAUGACUGACUGCACAACUGGGAUGUCGCUUAUAGUCAUAUAUUUGUUUUGUUUGUUGUCAUAUGAUAUAUUAUUUUCUGUUUGUAUAAAACAGGACCUCGAAAACAACACAACACAUCACCUCAUUUUUAUUUGUUUUAUUUUUCUUACCAAAACCUGGGGAGAAGAAACUACAUUUGUGCACAAUUGCUUGUUCAAAUACCUUUUUUUUUCUGAUACUGUAAGAUAUUAAAUCCGUGACGAUCGGCCCUCCUGUGUGAGUAGUAUUUACCCCUGACAGAUAGAAGCAGCCAGGUUAUUCAGAAUCAACAAGCAGUGACGUGGAAAAAAAAAAGAACAGUUUGACUGUUUGUAAAAAUGUUUAUCACCAUAAACUUCUAAUAAUCCAAGUUCUGAACUAAUUUGAUUUAUUAGUCUUCCCCCUGGAAAGUCAUCAAUAUUUUAAUGAUGGCUGUUUCAGCGAUUUUUUUACUUUAACACGAUCAAACUUUUUAUUGAUCGUAAAUAAAUUUGCUGUUGGCACCUUUCUCAAUGAUAUGUUCAGAAAAUUUCAAGAGGAGUCAAAUUUGAUCUUUAUUGUGAUCUUUGAAAAAGGUAGGAUGUAAGGCUUAAGCCUAAUUUGUAGCAAUCAAAUUGAGCAUUUAUAUUUUUGUAACAAAUGAGUAUAUACAUUUUAGUCCUUAGAAGAAACAAAAGAAAGAAAAGCUUUUGGCAUGUAUUAAGUUUGUCCUCCCUGGGUUUCUGUGAGCUAAUCUGAAUUCUAGCACUUUCAACCUUUAAAAAAAGAGUAUUUUUUUUUCUUUUAAAUUUUCAGCUUAUUUGUUCAUAUGUUUUUAAUUUUGUAUUGAUCCUGUAUAUGUAUGUGCCAUUAGUUUGAUGUGUAGAUUUUAUCAACCUUUGUGUAUUUUCUCUCCACAAGAAUAACAGUAUUUUUGAUAGACUUUUCACUAAUAUUCUUCUACAUAUGAGCCCCCUGCCCCCCUUUCUCCUCCUUGAAAACUUUUUUGUUGGUGGUGGUGGGAGUCGGGUAACUAGCUUUGCCUUCUCCCUCCUAAGUUUAUCUAAUAAAACUCUACAGCCAAGCGCUAAGGCUGAACAGCAACAACAUAUCUGUUAUUCUGAGGCGGAAAGAAAUAAGGCUGUCAGUAGAGUGUCAAAGCCACAACGUGACCACAAGCUGCCACUGAAAGAAAUGCUGUUGCUACAGAGCCCCAUCUGCAGGAUGCUUUUUCUACUUUUUUUUCUCUCUUCUUUUUAGUUUUUUUUUUUUUUUUUUUUUGUACACCAUGCGACCAGACAAAGAUGAAGUCAGGAAUACAGCACUUAAAACCUUAAAGCACUGAAGUUUUUGAUCCAGCUGAAGGGAACAACAACUUCAUGCUGAUGUGGUAGCAUUGGUUGAAUUACACUUCCUGUUCUCCAGUGAGUGAAUAUCAGACACAAAUCAUGGCGUCAUUAAUGUGAGGGAACGUCUGUUAAACACUGACAGCUCCAGGUUCUCAGAGCUCACACCGGUGGAGGUUUUCAGGACUGAUGUAUGUUUCUUCCUGUUCUCUGUUUUCACUCAUUGAUCUGAAAAACAGCUAAUACCUAACCCCCCCCCCCCCCCCCCCGACCUCUGACAGACAGACAUGUUGCUCUGUUCCUUGCCUUGGCUGUAGCUCCAUUACCUCGCCUGCGCCUACUAGGGAUGCACUUAUCCUCACUUUUUCCUCUUUACUAGUAGGUGCAGAACACAAACAUUUUAAGGGAAUUUGUUCAGUUUAAGCCUGAGAAAAACUGAUUUUAAUUUUAAUGACGCUCUCUCUUUCGCUUCUCCCUCUUUCCUGUUUUUUUUUUUUUUUUCUUUGCUUUUAGUAAAAUAAAACUGGGUACUGUCUGAUGCAGGCAACAUCCACAUGUAGUUUUAUAUAUUUCUAGCUUAAUGUAAGUCUUGCAUUCCAACCUCUUUGUGUAUCUCGUUUAGUGACAUAGCCCAUUUUAUUUUUAUCACUUGCUAUUACAGCCACCUCUGGAUUUAAAAGGUGAAAAAAAGGUGAAAGAAAAGAAUAUUUGCAUUCACUUACACUAUUUUAUAUAGCAUGGAGUUUAUCAACUACAGGGAGAAUUAUAUAAAUGAUGUGCUUCGGAGGAAGAAAGAAAGAAAAGUGAGAAGUCUUGCUUUUUUUGUUACAUAUCUCACAUGCAAUCAGUUGCUGAAAUGUAAAAGUGACAGACUUGUAUAUUGGUUGAUCCAAAGAGAUGAUGAACACAACAACAGAACUAUUGACUUAUUGUACAGUACAGUGUAUCUUUGAGUUGUCAUGUGUUAUGUUGAAAUGAUUAAAAGACAAACCAGCGGUUUCAUA